AUGGAGCAGAUGAUCGUGACAAAAACAAGGUUGGUUGAUCCCACUCUGGCAGAGCGUACGCGUGAUCUGGUCUAUCACAAUGCUGGAUCUCCUGAAGCAAUUAAUGAAGCCAAGGGCCUCCUGGAAAAAGCUAUGGAUGCAAAAUCUGAGCGCGAUGCCGCUGCCUCCUUGCUAGCGGCACACUUGAAGGCCUUGGAAGCAUGUCGCGAGGAUGCAAGACGAUCAGGCAAUAUCAAGAUAUUUGAAAAGCGUAUGAACGCUCUGGAGUCUUUGAAGAAUCGUGUUGGAUCUGGCGUCAAGGAAUUAUCGGAUGAUAUGAAUAUUCUCAGCCACGCCACGGAACGUAGCAAAUAUGGCUCACACAACUUUAUACUUGACCAUCCACUCUUUAUCAUAUGGCUGACAGUCGGGGCUUUACUGAACACUUCGACUACCAUCCUCCAAGCCCUAAUAUCGGGUAUCGUUAGCCGACGUCCAGCUAUCAUGCUCGCAGACGACGUGCUGCAUCCUGAAUACUGGACCACGUCUCUCACAGACGCUUCAACAUUUGGAAAAUUAUGUGUCCAAGACUGCCUCGAAGGGCUGGAUGAGCUUCUUUCAUGCCUACGCUGCUUCGGCCAAAAUGAUUCAGUGGUCAAGCUCAAAGUUGCCGUCGCUUGCAGAGAGGCCGAAUAUCUUGGAAAGAUGGUUGAGCAAAUUAUCUAUGUGACACCCGAGGAUCUUCAUCCGGUUGGUAGCGUUGAGGAGAAUGUGAGGGCGGACCAGAUCAUCCCCGUCGUUGUCCUGAGCGAGAAGGAAGUGAGUGCCGGCCCCGAGGAGCUCGGCAGGACUCUACAAUAUCUCGUCGACAACGAUGAUGUCUGUACAGAUGAGUUCACCGGCAUCAUAGUCGUCAAGCCGUCCGGGUCUGGCUCGGAACCGACCCCGGACAAUGCAUCCAGUGCAGAGGCAUUCCUAGACCGUCCUUUCACUGUCUACCAUCUGGCAAACGGGCCUUUGAUGUCCAAAGAAGAGGACUUAUUACCUUCUGGACCGUAUUUCCUAAGCGGGCAGAACUUACAUCAGGCAUGGCGGCUCUACCCGGACGACCUCGAUGCCUUUACCUUCGGUCUGUUGCCAGAUAGCCCUUUCGACCCUCAAAGUUUCCAAGCCGUAGCAUCGCUGUCAUCUGAUGGGGUUUCGAAGACUAUCCCAGUGCCAAGUCGUCUCUAUCACAAGUCUGACUCAAAGAAGCCCCUGGCUGGGAAGCGUAUCUCACUCACAGACACUUUCGAUGUCCAGGGUGUGAAAACAACCCUGUCCAGCCGGGCUUGGACGCAGCUGUAUCCUGCGGCUGACACCUCUGCGGCGUACGUUAAGAAGUUACUCGACCUAGGUGCGGUGGUUGUGGGUAAGACCAAGACGACGCAGUUCGCAACAGGGACAGAGUGGGUUGACUAUCACUCGCCGGUGAACCCCAGGGGCGACCGAUAUCACAAGGUAUCUGGUAGUUCCGCAGGGGCGGCGUCAUCUCUUGCCGGCUAUCGGUGGCUCGACUUUGCUGUUGGGUUUGAUGCUGACGGGGGUGUCCGAGAUCCAGCAGCGGACCACGGACUGCAUGCGAUUCGGCCAACGUUCGAUUGGGCGUCUCUAGAGGGUGUGAAGAUUAGUUCAGAGAGAUAUGAUACCGUCGGCCUUUUUGGGCGUCGUCUAGACGACCUCGUCUCUGUAGCCAAGCACAGCCUUGCUAUUUCGGAUGAAAGCGUGACACGGCUUCGUCGAAUUAUCUAUCCAACUGACUAUUUUCCUCUCUCUGAUCCGAAGCAACAAAAGCUUGUCGAGCAAUUUGUGCAGAAUUUGGAAACCCAUCUGGACGUCAGAAGAAUCGAAGUGAAUUUCGCUGAAAUAUGGAAUGAAAAGCCCCCUUCCGACUCCUCGGCAGCAAAUGAGCCAUUGCAGCAUUACUUGAAGAAGGCAAGUCCCAUCCGAGCCGUGAAUUUGGCGCAGUCCGAUUAUGACGAUGUCUUUAGCCGCGAGCCCUUUGUUGAGGCUUCUCCCCACUUCCGAUGGAAUCUCGGUAAAAGUGUUACAAACGACGAUUAUGAGGAAUAUCUUACUCGGCUCGAGACGUUUAGAACAUGGUUUGACAAGACGGCCAUGUCCUCGAGCAGUGGGUCUGUCGUAAUACUGCCAUCCGGAAUCGCCGAGCACAAGUAUCGGGACGAGGCCCCAGGUGAGCCCGAGGCCAUGGAGGGCAUUGACAUGAGACUCCUAUCGCCAGUUCUCGGGACUCCUCAAAUAGUUGUAUCAUUUGCACAGAAUCCUUACAAGUCCCGCGUGAGUGAAUCGACAGAGUAUAAGCCCAUCAGUAUUUCGUUGAUGGGCGCCAGAGGGACCGAUCUGGCCCUUCUACGCUUGGUAGACGAAGCAACCCGGGCUGCCGGUUGGCGGACAAAUAUUGACAUAGGCAGACGCGCCUUUCCUGUGGGCAAGAAUAGCCGACAUGUACGGGACCUGGGAGAUGAUGAUCGUGGUGGUGAGGGUUUCUUUUGGCAGCAUAUUGCUGGCUUCGUAGCUGUUCCGAACGGGGCUCCGGAUGAGUUGUAG